AUGGGGCCUUACUCGACUAGGACAGGGGAGAUCAGUGAUCAUGACAGAGACCACUGGCAGAAGCUUGAACAUGGGUGGUCAGAUAGGGGCUACGGGCACAUCAAACCGGCAUUUGCCGGCAGCGAACAGCAGCCUCGAGGCGCGAAGUUCAGCUUGCACCCUUACAACAUCGAGCAGGUUCCCAACUUCCAGGUUCACCCCCCAACCACUACCCCGGUUCCUCACAGAACACUAGAAGAGAAGCUCAGGAGACGAUACCCUGCAUCAAAUACUUCCCGAAGGAAGCAGCUCUAG